GGCCGAUUAACGUUGUCUCUCGGACAUCAAUGGUGCUGGAUUAACGGAGGGUGGUGUGUCCUUUUCUGUUGGUCGCAGAUUUAGUGCGGCGCCGCGUCGCUAGGCGGGGGUGCGCCGUCGCUCGUAAAGCAUCGGUCGGCACACUCAACUGACGCGCGCCUCGGCGACUACGCGUUGCGUAACUCGACGCGCCAUAAACAACCACUUCUCGCACCUGACGGCCGCUCAACCACGUGCGCCUCACACAUUACGUAUUGCGCUCAUGCCUUCGAUAAAACGCUGACACGUGACUUGACAGAGUGAAACCCAGAACUUAGAACUCUUUAGAACUGUGAGUUUGUGAAGAAGUUAUUAGCGAGCGGGAUGCCGCUUGCCCGUUUGCCGACGGCGGACGGCGGCCGCUCCGCUUAAGAUACUCCAAUUUCCCGGUUCGUUAAGGACAAGAUAAAAUUGAAUGGUAAAACAUUGAAUUAAUACUGGCUAGUACUAAUCGGUUGAGCUUGAAAAUCGCACGUUAUUGCAACAAAACUUUUUGAAAGCUACCACAACAAAGAAAAUCUUGUGCUAUACUCUUAAAAAAUCUUAUAGACACAAAAGUGAAAAAGCAUUGAACCUCACAAAAGCUCUCAGAUUCGACGAGCAUCUGAUGAGGAGACACCGUCCGUUCGCACCUUGUGAAGCCUUUGUGGAUUCGAGCAUUGCUGUGUAGUGAAUGGAAUCCGAAGUGUGUGUGUGACUGAUAAAGUGAUAGUGUCGGCCCCAGUGGCCGAGAACCUGCGACGGAAGAUACGGACGCGAGCCGCGCGGGCUGCGGGCCCGCGAUGAGCGCCAACAAUUGCGACAGUAUGACAUAUUUCUCAAACGCCUACAUGCCGGACAUGAGGAACGGAGGUGGCCAUGACCACCAACAAGCCCACGCGCACUAUGGAGCUGUCCCACAGCAAGGACACGAGUUGGAAGGGUGCGAUCCACAGCUCAGACCUGCACAGCACCAUUAUUCGGCACAGACAGCACCAGGAAUGCCCUAUCCUAGGUUUCCACCCUACGAUAGAUUGGGGUAUUACCAGCAGAUGGAACAGAAUGGCUACCGGCCUGAUAGUCCAUCCCAAAUGGGUCACAUGGGCCCUAAAACGGAUGGAUAUGGACCGAACGGCCAUCAACCACCGGCUCCAGCCGUUUACACGUCGUGUAAGCUACAAGCGGCGGCAGCGACGGCGGGCGGAGUCCCAGGGAGUCCGCCCCUGGAGCAGGCGCAGCAGAUGCCCCAUCACAUGCAUCCACAGCAGCAUAUGGUGCAACAUGGGGUACCGCCACACCAGCAGCACCUCAUGUAUCCAGUGGAUGACAUGCAGCAUCAGACACAGAUGCCUCCCAUGCAUCAGCAGUCCAUGCACGGGCAACAGGCGCCCCCUCAGCAAGCACCUCCAAACACCAACGCGUCGCUACCUAGUCCGCUAUAUCCUUGGAUGAGAAGUCAAUUCGAACGGAAGCGAGGACGGCAGACGUACACGCGAUACCAGACCCUCGAGCUGGAAAAGGAGUUCCAUUUCAACCGGUACCUGACGAGGAGACGACGGAUCGAGAUCGCCCACGCCCUCUGUCUCACCGAGAGGCAGAUCAAGAUCUGGUUCCAGAACCGGCGCAUGAAGUGGAAGAAAGAGAAUAAGACCAAAGGAGAGCCAGGCUCGGGAGACGAACCGGACAACAUGAGUCCACCCACCUCCCCCCAGUAGGCCUCCAUCGCGCGAUCAGUGAGUCCGUUCCAAAUUUGAACGGCCGUCAGUGUUCAUUUAUUUUCAUACAAAAAUUGUGCACGGAAGCGAUCGUUAAGGAGUUACUAGAACAGUUUAAUUUGUAUAAAUUGUAUGUUGGACUUUUCAUAAUAUUACAAUACUAAUACGUAACUUAGUGACUUGACAUAAAGAGUAAUGAUAGUGUGAUGAAGAGAUUUUUACAAUUGUUAAGUAUAAAUUAAUUUAUAGAACAAUCUCAAUACCAAUAAUUACCAAAAACGCAGUGUGUACGAACUGCGACUUUAUGUGAUUUCAUUAUUUAUGUAGUUGGAAAUUUAUUAAACUCUGAUGAGUUUUCUUCUUAAUCGGGACAUUUAUUUUAAAAUGCUUCACUUACACGCUCUCUACGAAUUUAUUUUUAAAAAUCGAAUAAGAUUUUAACUUUACGAAGUUUUAUUUGACGUAAGUGAAUCAUUUUACAAUAAUUCAACGAAAAUCUUUAUUUUAAUGUUAUCAAAACACAAAACCGUAAGGACCUCUUAUAAUUAACCAUUGAUAAGACGGCAAUUAGUAUCUAUAUUGUUAUUAUUUAAUAUAUUUGAUGUUUUAUUUCUAAUUAAGCUAUCGAAACGCUAUUUUGUACAUAUAAAAACUAUAAUUUAGAAUUUACGAUUAUGUACAAUUGUUUUAGUGUGAAUAUAUGAUAUUAGUUCUCGUUUUGUCUAACGAGUUUAUUGUGAAUCUUCUCUGAUUUUGAUUUUAACUUCGUUGAGGGAAGGCCAGUUACACGUGCAAUGUAUACGAUUUUGACGACACAUAUACGUAAUGAUUACUGAUAAUAAUAAAUCUAAUAGGAAAUUUAUAUACUUAAUUGUAAAGUAUGGACUCAUGUUUGUAAUUUAUUGAAUGUUAAUGCGAACACAGAGGAAAUUCACCGGAGGAUUAAAAAGUGGAUAGUUACCUUCAAUUUCUUAAACUUGACUUAUUUUUCUCAUUCUAUACGAAAAGUAGGCUUGGAAUGUACAGUGUACACAGUAUACCAAAGUUAGGGAAUAAACUUGGUUGUUCAUUAUAAAUAGUAGAUGCGUCGCCCUUUCCUAUACAAGUCUUGGAGACAUGAUAAAUGGUAUUUUUAUAAAAUCAUUGCCUAAAACCGAUAUACGUAAUGAAAUAUCGUACAUAAUAUUUACUUAUAAACAUUAGUUUCACUACUAUAGUGUGAUUUCGGUAAUAUGUUUAUUUUUCAUAGGUUUUAGCGAAACAGUCUCAGUGAUCCGUAUACAUUUAAUUUGUGCUGUGUUAAGAAAAUGUAAAAUAACUGUAUAUUGUCGAUAUUAAACACGAUAUUUAUUUAUUGAUUCGCUUAACUAGGUUUGCUUAAACUUUGGGUAUGUUUUUAAGGUGUCUGGCUGGGAUUUUAACUGUCGAGAUGUGACUGUCAACUGUCAAAUGUCAGAUCGAUACGUAAACGUAUUUUGACAGGUGUCAAAAGAAUCACGACUUGAUAUGAAAUUUGGAUGAUUUGCUCAAUGUUGUUUUUAUUAAGCUUAUGUAUUUGGUUUAAGUAAAUUCUAUCACAUUUAAUUUGGUCAGUAAAAUUCUAUGUACUAUAUAAAAGCUAAGACAUUUCUAUCUAAAAUUCUGUUUAUACUUUUUUUUAAAGAUCCCUUGCCAGAUGUGAUGUUCACGAUUGGUUUGUAAAAUUUUAUAAUCAAAUUAAUUAGGUUAUUAAAAAUAAGUUCUCACAACUAGUUCUACGCAGUCUGUAACGUAAACGUAGAAACCUGCGUAUGCGCAAUUUUAUUUACCUUUGUCCUAUCGAUUCGAAAUUUAUGAAAUAUAACUAUAAUUAGUAAUUUAAUAAGGUUAGGCGAGACGAUAUUGUCAUAAAUAUAUAAAUACAUGAAAUUAAUAAAGCAUAAUGAUUGUAA